AUGCGCAUCCGCUAUCCUUUCGCAGGUGCCUUCAUCUUCCUGCUCGUGCUAGCCGGCUACAUCGGUCUCCUCCCACAUAGCACAUCUUCCACAAUACCGACACAGCUCCAACCAAAUGACAAAUUCAUUCAUCUGGUCACCUUCUUCCUGCUUUCUCUGGCCUUUUACUGGAUCCUGGAUACCACACGUCGGCGCACGCUACACGUGACCCUUCUGGUCUGCACUUUGGGGCUCGGCAUUGGCUCUGAGGUUGUUCAGGGCUUCCUUCCUAAUGGCCGUGACUUUGAUCUAUACGAUAUUGUCGCCAAUGUGGUCGGUAGUGUCGGCGCGAUCGGUCUUUGUGGCUGGUACCACCGUCGCAUGAUGGAGCGACGUCGGCAAAGUCGAUACGGUCUCAUGGACGAUGGUACAGAGGAUGUCGAGCUUGGUGGUGUGGAGAGAGAUGCCCACCGUGAGUCAGAGCCACUGGGUCCGCAAGAAUCCGGUGUCAUGUCGCUCGAGCAGGAAGUGGAUAAUUGGGAUGAAAAUGCAGUUGAUAACUGGGACAAUGAAGAUGUUCCAGAGCAUGAACGUGAAACUGCCCCUCCUAGCUACCAUGAGUCUAGCUCUGCUGGGGGGCAAGCCGCUCAUGUGCCUACCGGGGCUAAGCGGUCUGACUGA